AUGCCCCACCUGUACUCGGCCGCCUGCCCGUCUCCCCCCCCGUCGCAACUGUUCGCGUGUGCAGCGGCGGUCGCUGUGGGUGGGAGAGGGAGGACGGGAAGGGAUUGGCGGCCCAACCGACGCGCCAGCCAGCUCGCACCCCGCCCAUCUCCCAUACGCCACCCGCAUCUGCACGACCCGUCCCUGCCCCGCCUGCAUCUGCCGCGUCAGCAACUGCCGUUUCGUCCCGUACCCGCACUGUCCCUGCCCCUCCCCGUCCCUCCCUCGUCGCGCCUUCCCCCUCUACCGCGCCUGCCUAUGCCGUGUUGGGCGGUGGUGGGUGUGGAGGACAGUGGGGGCGGCGGCGGCGGGAAUGGCGGGAGUUGCGGGAGUGGCGGGAUUGGCGGCUCAUGUGGGGGGGUGGGGGAGGCGUGGGGGAAAGGGGUGGUGGGCGGCUCUUGCCCCGUGCCCAUGCCCGUGCUGUCUGCCCGUGUUCCCUGUGCUUCUGCUCGUGCUCUACCCGUGCUGUUUGUUCCCGUGCGUGCCCCACCUGUACCACCCGUGCUGUCAGUGCCCGUGCUGCCCCGUUCUGCCCGUGCUACCUCGUGCUCCUGUGCUGCCCCCGUGUUCCCGUGCUGCCCCCGUGUUCCCAUGCUGCCCCCGUGCUGCCCCGUUCAGCCCUUGUGCUGCCCCGUUCUGCCUGUGCUGCCCCGUUGUCCCCGUGUUGCCCCGUUCUGCCCGUGUUGCCUCGUUCAGCCCGUGUCCUGCCCCGUUCUGCCCGUGUUGGCCUGUUCUGCCCGUGCUGCCCCGUUCUGCCCGUUUGUGUCCUACCCGUGCUGUCCGUACCCGUUGGUGCCCCACCCGUGCUGUCAGUUCUCGCUCGUGCCCCACCCGGUCUGUGCUGCCCGGUCUCGUGCUGCCCGUCACCCCCGUGCGGCCCGUCCCGUACAGCACCUAGUUGCUACCCGAACCCGCUACCCGUACCCGUGCUCCUCGCACACCGUGCACCAGCUGCGGGGCGUUCAACCGCAGCCGGGCACCUGUUCCACCGCGGUGGUUCAGAUGCUGCUUGGUGGUUGCUGCUUGUCAGCUUCAGAGGGGGCCCCUUGCUGGUGUUCCCACGCCCUGUAA